GUGAUGUCACGUCUUCUAGAACGCGCCAAAGUUUGGACGGAGUCGCUUGUUAUUAUCACGGAUAUUUCUGUCUAGACACUUUUAACGGAUGUGUGUAAACCCGUAAACACACCAACAAAAGAAAUAAACAACCUGCAUCAAAUGCGACAGCUUCAACACUGAUAUAGCUGACUCGUAAGAUUGGAUCAUGGCUGUGCCUUUUGUUAAAGACUGGGAUGUGGUGCAGACCCUUGGAGAGGGGGCGUAUGGAGAGGUGCGACUGCUGGUCAACAAAAAGACAGAAGAGGCUGUGGCGGUGAAAGUUUUGGACAUGGCGAAAGCCAAGGACUGUAUUGAGAAUGUAAAAAAGGAGGUUUGCAUAUGCAAGAUGCUUUCACACCCAAACAUUGUGCGUUUCUUUGGGCACAGGAGUGAGGGGACGACACAGUACAUCUUCCUGGAGUACUGUAGCGGAGGAGAGCUCUUUGACAGAAUCGAGCCAGAUGUUGGGAUGCCAGAAAAGGAUGCACAUAGGUUUUUUCAGCAACUAAUAGCUGGUGUGGAAUAUCUUCAUAGUGUUGGGAUUACACAUCGUGACAUAAAGCCUGAGAAUAUUCUUCUUGAUGAUAAAGAUAAUCUGAAGAUCUCUGAUUUCGGACUGGCUACUAUGUUCCGCCACCGUGGCCGGGAACGUUCGCUGACCCGUCUGUGUGGCACUCUGCCUUAUGUUGCCCCUGAGCUGAUGUCACGCUCCGCAUUCCACGCUCAACCUGCGGACACCUGGGCUUGUGGCAUCGUGCUCACUGCAAUGUUAGCUGGAGAGUUACCAUGGGACCAGCCGAGUGAAAACUGUCAGGAGUAUUUGGAUUGGCUAGAGAAGAAAAUCUACCUCACACCCUGGAAGAAAAUUGACGCUGUUCCACUCAGUCUGCUAUCUAAGAUAUUAUUGCAUAAUCCAGAGGACAGGUUCACCAUUCCUGAAAUUAAGAAACACCGUUGGUUUAGCAGAAGCUUCAAAUCAGCAGUUAAACGACAGAGUGACACACCAGUAACCAAGAUGCAUCGGGCUGAUUCUGAGCUCUCACAGCUGAGACGAAAAAACAGUGAUGACAGAGCACAGAUCUCUAGCUCUCAGCCUGAGCCGCAGGGAUUGUGGGAGGAGAAGGAGGUUCCGGUUCACACUGAUGUCAGUGUCAGCUUCUCACAGCCUAUCUGUGUUGAUCACAUGCUGCUGGGCACCCAACUGCUUGGCACACCGGGCGCCAGCCAGAGCCCAUGGCAGCGGUUGGUGAGAAGGAUGACCAGGUUCUUUACUACGGUAAAGGUAGAACCGUCUUGCGUUGCUCUCCGUGAUGCCUGUAUUGCUAUGGGUCACACAUGGAAACAGAGCUGCACCAAUCAGGCAACAGUGUCCACAAUGGAUCGCCGCAAUAAUAAGCUGAUCUUCGUAGUGCACUUCCUGGAAAUGGAGGAACGCAUUUUAGUAGAUUUCCGCCUGUCAAAGGGUGACGGUUUGGAAUUCAAGAGGAUAUUCCUGAAACUAAAACAGAAGCUGUCUGACAUUAUUAGUAACCAGAAGGUUUUGCCUUUGAUUUGAUGUGUCCACAUUUUUACAUUCAAAGUGCUUUCACACAUGCUUACGCUGGUACACUAAGUUGUUUUAUGAUCGUAGAGCGUAUUUAGAUUUAUAUGUUUGUAGUUGUAUAUGUCUGUUUUACUGAUUUGUGUGUGAAAGAGUGAAGAGAAGCUGUCAGGUUCAUCUGUUCAUUCACGUUCCGUUACUAUGAAGAGAGGGUAUAAUUUCUGCCUCUUGAAAAGAUGUGAGAUUCUGAAUGUGAAAGACAAAAUUGAAAAUAAAUCUGUCAUUAUUAAUGCUGCUUGGCUUAGUCAGCUGUUUAAAUAAGAAAGAAGUAUGUUACGUGACCAUAGUGGAACUUUCUUUAGACAAUUCACUGUCUAGAAAAUCAAAUUAAUGCCAGUAAUGUUCAUCCUUCAUUUUAUUAAACUUUCAUAAAAGAGUACAUUUUGUUUGCAAAGACAAUUUGUUCAAAAAUAUCAAUCUGGUGUUUACUUAAACGAUUGGUUUAUCUUAACCCAUGUUAUUUAGAAGCAGCUGAAAUCAGUUUAGUUAACUGUAAGUAGACACAUUAAAGGUGAAUGCUAAGGUACUCAAAUAAUCUGUAUUCAUGUAGAAAGAUUGCUGAAAAUGUGCUUUGUAUUACCACAGAAGUAAACAGUUAAAGGGUUAGUUCACCCAAAAAUUACAAUUCUGUCAUGAGUUUCUCACCCUCAUGUAUUUCCAAAGCUGUAAGAACUUCUGACCCUGCACAGACAUCAAUGCAGCUGACACGUUCAAGGC